AUGGCUUUCGGGUUUGUAGAGAUGGAGAUGGGUGUGAUGGUUCUGUUUCAGAGAUGGUUCGGGUUCGCUGGAGGCGAUGGCAAAGGGCUUCUUCGAUGGUUCUGCAAUGGAGGUUGGUGUAAAUGGGAUGGGGUGUGCGAUGAGGUGUGUCUGCAAGAGGAGAGAAUUUUUGGUGGGGUGGGGCUGGAUAUCAGAUAG